UCCAAAAAAAAAAAAACUCUCAAUUUUCUUUUAGUUCCCUAACAAACCCCACAAAUUUCCUUCUUCCUCUUUUUUUUUCCCCCUUAAAUCAAAAUUAUAUUGCAACCCCUCUUUUUUUAUCUAUUAACUCGAAACUCAAGCAAUAAAGGCUCCAUAGCUAGUUGAUCAUCCACUAGGUAGCUCUUGUCAGAAAGAGAAGAAGAAGAAGAAGAAGCCGACGAAGAAGAAGAAGAAGACUAAUGAAAUGGGUCUUUGUAUUUCAUUCCCUUCAUCUUCCUCUCAUUCCAAAACAGGCCUCCACAGUCAUGCCUCUACGAACAACCACAGUAAUGGAACAGAGUUCUCGUCGUCAACGGUCACAGCAACAACAAACAGCAGCGUUGAACGGCGGAGCCAAUUCUCCGAGGCGGCUAGCGAGAGUGCCGGUGGGAUUAUGAGUUAUUCCGGUCAAAUAUUGCCAUCGCCAAGUCUCCAUGUCUACAGCUUUUUGGAUCUAACGACGGCGACGAAGAAUUUCAAACCGGAUUCGAUGUUGGGUCAAGGAGGUUUCGGCAAAGUUUACAGAGGUUGGAUCGAUGCCAAGACUCUUGCUCCGUCUAAAGCCGGUUCCGGUAUGAUCGUCGCCGUUAAACGACUGAAUUCCGAGAGUGUUCAAGGAUUUGCAGAGUGGCGAUCAGAAGUUAACUUCUUGGGGAUGCUUUCACACCCAAAUCUGGUGAAGUUAUUAGGAUACUGUCGUGAAGACAAGGAGCUUCUGCUUGUCUACGAGUUCAUGCCCAAAGGAAGUCUUGAGAAUCAUCUUUUUCGACGGAGCGAGCCUUUUCCUUGGGACCUAAGGAUCAAGAUUGUCAUCGGUGCAGCUCGUGGCCUUGCGUUUCUACACGGCUUACAAAGAGAAGUCAUAUAUAGAGACUUCAAAGCCUCAAAUAUACUUCUCGACUCGAAUUAUGAUGCAAGGCUCUCAGAUUUCGGUUUAGCAAAGCUAGGACCUUCACAUGAGAAGUCACACGUUACGACUAGGAUCAUGGGCACAUAUGGUUACGCUGCUCCUGAAUAUAUGGCAACAGGCCAUUUAUACGUUAAGAGUGACGUAUAUGCAUUCGGUGUGGUACUACUAGAAAUAAUGACUGGACUAAGAGCACACAACCCAAAACGGCCCAACGGACAGGAGAGCCUAGUCGACUGGUUACGACCAGAACUCUCAAGCAAACACAAAGUGAAACAUAUAAUGGACGAAGGAAUCAAAGGUCAAUACUCAUCCAAAGUCGCAGCGGAAAUGGGACGCAUCACAUUCUCUUGUAUCCAGCCAGACCCGAAAAACAGACCGCACAUGACGGAAGUACUCGACGCACUCGAACACAUCCAACGCAUUAACGUCGCUCAGGACCGGUCUUCCACCAAACCGGCCGUUGCUAGCUCUUCUCAAUCGUCGCCAAGUCACUAUCAGUAUGGAUAUCGAGCUGGUGGAGCCGGGGCUGAACGGAGGAGGGCAUCGCCUGGACGGUUUGGAGUAGGAAAAGCGAUGGUUGCUUGAUGAUUUUUGUUUUUUAAACAAGCUGUAUGAUGUGGACCGUAUACGGUUUUAGAGUCUUUUUUUUGUUCUAUUCAGAUUUAAAUGAGAGUAAUCAUUAUUUUGUUUUGUGACCUUA